GAAGACUCUGUGGUUCUGGGGGUUCUGGAGGACUCUGUGGUCUCUCUGUGUGGUUCUGGUCGGGUCCGAAUAUUUGAUGUAAACCAGGUCCAGACGGUGGAGACUCAGUUGGAAAAGUCUGAGACCCGUCUGACUCCUGUGAGAUCCGUGACGCUGCCCAGACGAGGAAGAGUGUUCCUGGUCUCUAAAGAAGGUUCCCUCUACCAGGUGAGGUCCAAAGAUGGCCGACGCAUUUAGAGCGGGAAAAUACGCCUGCGUCACAGGAGCUUUAAGGCCGCCAUCACCACACCACGGGGGGAGGGGCACUUCAGUCUGACAUCUGACCUAGUGCUGCGUUCAGGUACCUCAGCAGUCAGAGCUGGGAAUGACGUCACACCAGAGCUGAUCGUGUUCCAUUUAACAAGUCGGGAAACCAAGAUGGACGCCUGCUGUUAGCCGCUGUUAGCCGCUGUUAGCUGCUGUUAGCUGUUGUUAGCCGCUGUUAGCUGCUGUUAGCCGCUGUUAGCUGCUGUUAGCCGUUGUUAGCCGUUGUUAGCUGCUGUUAGCUGCUGUUAGCCGUUGUUAGCUGCUGUUAGCUGCUGUUAGCUGCUGUUAGCCGUUGUUAGCCGUUGUUAGCUGCUGUUAGCUGCUGUUAGCCGUUGUUAGCUGCUGUUAGCUGCUGUUAGCUGCUGUUAGCCGCUGUUAGCUGCUGUUAGCUGUUGUUAGCCGCUGUUAGCUGCUGUUAGCCGCUGUUAGCUGCUGUUAGCUGCUGUUAGCUGCUGUUAGCUGCUGUUAGCCGCUGUUAGCUGCUGUUAGCUGCUGUUAGCCGUUGUUAGCCGUUGUUAGCUGCUGUUAGCUGCUGUUAGCCGUUGUUAGCCGUUGUUAGCUGCUGUUAGCUGCUGUUAGCCGCUGUUAGCUGCUGUUAGCCGUUGUUAGCUGCUGUUAGCCGCUGUUAGCCGUUGUUAGCUGCUGUUAGCCGUUGUUAGCUGCUGUGUUUGUCGGAGUAAAAUACUGUUAAACGUUGUUUACAACUAGGAUAGCUAACAACAACAAUUGACAACAGCUAACGGUUACCCUCACGGUUACUCUUUACUGUUGAUGUGCUGCCAUCUUGAAUUAUGACGUCGUCAAGACAGGGUUGGUGAGGAUCGUCCGACUUUCUGACUUCAGGGGGUUCCAGAUGAAAUUCUGGAGUUUGGAAAUUCCGACUUCUGAGAACAACUUGAACGCAGCAUUAGUGUUGCUUUCAUCAAUGAAAAUUAUGAUCAAAUAUCGUCGUCAAAGAACCUUGAUCAUGUGACGAAAAGAGACGAGACGUAAAUGUUGGUCAUGUGACGAUAAUUAAAACUAAAUAUAUAAUCUAAAACAGUUGAUGGAUAAAAACAGACUGAAUGUGGGUCACUGAAUAAAAACUGAUCAAACGUCUUUUUAUUUUCACUGACGAAAAAGAGACGAAAUCAUUCAGUCGUGUUGUUUUUGUUUUCUGUUUCCUUGGCGACGUCACUUCCUCAAUCCUCUAACUCGCCGUAUUUUUAGAUGAGGUGGUCGAAGACGUUUUUGGGAGAGUUGGAGUCAUGGUCGAGUCGUCGGGGACAAAAAUAAGAAAUGAUAUCUAAACACACUUUAAUCACAAAACGGGAUGUGUGGAAAAAGAAAAAGGGAGAAAUGCAACCGUCAAAUAACCGAGAAAAAAACACAAAUCUAAAAAGAGACAUCUGAAGGUCGUCCACGAUGGACUCGAGGAAAAUUAAGACACUGAUGGAACGACGCUUUAUACUUUACACUCCCUAACCCUAAAAAGGUCCUCUCUGCACCUGUGCUGACCCUGGACCCUGGACCCUGGACCGGGUGUUAGAUCAGUCCGCUCCUCUGAGUCUGUUUAAUCAUCGAUUAUCUCUGAGAACUUUCUGUCUCUCUGGUUUUCAUGCUGAGAAAAACUGACUGAGUUAAACUGCUGGAUGGUUUUUAGGCCAGCAGGGGGCGUCACAGCUCCUCCACAGCUCCUCUCAGAGGUCAUUAAACUGAUUUCUUUCCUCCGUGUUUUUCUCUGCAGAUCUCUCGGUCAGGGAAAAACUCGGCGGCUGAGUUUCCUCUGGUUCCCUCUCUGCUGUCGGUCUCUGAGGAGGAGAAAAUCCUGAUGGCAGGUCGGAAACCUCUGAGAGUUUCUGCUUCAGUUCUUCUGAAAAAAAGAGAGAAAAUAAAGUCAGUAAAAGAGGGUCUGGUCCUCUCUGUGGAGUCCUGAUACUCAGACGGAUCCAAACCUGGACUUUAUUUUACUGCUUUAGUCUUUAAACUCAGAACCUUCUUCAGUCCGGCUCUGAGGGCUGAAAACCUCGUCAUGUUUUUAAAGAUUUAAAUAAUAAAGAUUUUAUUUCAAACUGAAUCAUCAUCGAGUAAAUCUGCUCCUCUACAGGAGCCGAGCGGACCCUGACCCUCUUCAACAUCGACAGAGACUCGGUGGACCGGUUCCUGGACCUCCAUCAUGACGACCGUGUUUUAUCCGCCGUCAUCUCCUCGGACUGCAGACUGCUCGCCUCCGGAGCCGCCGACCAGCUGAUUCGAGUACGCAGUACCCGCCGUAAACACAGGGGGCGUGGACCAUCGUCUGAACCUUCUGUCCUGGUCUCAGGGGUCCGGGGGGGGGGGUCCAUUUCUCUGCUGGUUCUGGUUUUUGAUGGACUCUGUUUUUCCGCAGGUCUGGUCCGUGACCACCGGCGCCCUGUUGGACGCCUCGUGGUUUCAGCCUCGGCGUCUGCGGCCGCCGUCAACCUGUGGAGUCUGAAAUACGACGAACGCCACAGACCCCCCGCCCACAUCCCUGCGGGCUGCGCCCACGUCGCCCUCGCCAGAGACACGGAUCGAGUUUUCUACGUCAGACAGCAGAGUCAGACGGAGGUCAUCAGCUGGAACAACCUCACAGGUCAGAGCGCCCGCACCAUUUCACCUUUAAACACCAUUUCCUCUGACUCCACCCCUGCGCCUCUCUAAGCUCUGACUCCGCCCCCUGUGUUUCUCUAAGCCCUGACUCCGCCCCCUGUGCCUCUCUAAACUCCGACUCCGCCCCCUGUGCCUCUCUAAGCUCUGACUCCGCCCCCUGUGCCUCUCUAAGCUCUGACUCCGCCCCAUGUGCCUCUCUAAGCUCUGACUCCGCCCCCCGUGCCUCUCUAAGCUCUGACUCCGCCCCUAUGCCUCUCUAAGCCCUGACUCCGCCCCCUGUGCCUCUCUAAGCUCUGACUCCGCCCCCUGUGUUUCUCUUAACUCCGACUCCGCCCCCUGCGCUUCUCUAAGCCCUGACUCCGCCCCCUGCGCCUCUCUAAGCUCUGACUCCGCCCCCUGUGUUUCUCUAAGCUCUGACUCCGCCUCCUGUGCCUCUCUAAGCUCGGACUCCGCCCCCUGUGCCUCUCUAAGCUCGGACUCCGCCCCCUGUGUUUCUGUCAGCUCUGACUCCGCCCCCUGCGCCCCUCUGCAGGUUCUCUGUCGGAGCGGUACGCCGUCUCCGCCCAGGUCUGCUGUCUGGCGGUGGCUCAGCACAAACGGCUGCUGUUCUGCGGUCUGGUCACCGGCACCGUCCUCAUCUACCCGUUAGCCCUCCCCCAGGAGACGCUCUGCAUCCCGCCCCCGCCGAGCCUCAGCCGGGUGCUCUGCCUCGCCGUCGACGCCAAAGAGAAGCACAUGGCGGUGGCCUACGAGGACUCGGUGUGUCUGUUUGAGAUCACCACCAGAGACAGCUUCCCCACGGUGGAGGGUCCUCUGCGGGGGUUCCCCCUGUCCCUCCUCCACGCCCCCUGUCCGCCAUGGCGCUCCUGUCUGACAUCAGGCUGCUGUACGGGACGGGCUGCGGCGAAGUGAAGCUGCACAACUUAAGCGACGGCGGCUGCUCCGACCUGGAGGCUCAUGGCAGCAGAGUGACGAGCGUGACCGCCAGUAACUGGGGGAGCCACGCCCUGGUGGGCUCGGAAGACGCCGUCCAGAGGCUGUGGACCCUGGACCCCCUGGUCCUGGAUCACACCAUGGAGUACAAGGUCAGAGCGGCGUCUGAAAUUCACCAUGAGAGGCGGUUCAGUGUGUUUCCAUGGAGACCACAGAUCUUAGAUUUCAGUGUUUUUAUUUUUGUUGUUUUUAUUUCCAAAAUAAAAAAAAUAAAUAUCAAAUUAAAAAAAUAAAAACAAUUAAAAAAAUAAAAAUCAAAUAAAAAUAAUCAAAAAAAACAAAAAUCAAAUAAAAAAAUAUUAAAAAGAAAAUCAAAUUAGUUAGAAAAGUUAAAAGUAAAAAUCAAAUUAAAAAGAUAAAAUUCAAGUUAAAAUAAAUUAAAAUCAAAUAAAUAAUUAAGAUCAAAAAAGAAGAAUAAAAAUCAAAUAAAAAUAAUAAUGAAAAUCUAAGAAUAACAAUAAAAAUCUAAAUCAAAUUAAAAAAAUCAAAAUGUAAUUAAAAAAUAAAAUUCAAGUUAAAAUAAAUUAAAAUCAAACAAAAAAUUAAGAUCAAAUGAUUAAAAAUAAAAAUCAAAUAAAAAUAAUAAUGAAAAUCUAAGAAUAACAAUAAAAAUCUAAAUCAAAUUAAAAAAAUCAAAAUGUAAUUAAAAAAUAAAAUUCAAGUUAAAAUAAAUUAAAAUCAAACAAAAUAUUAAGAUCAAAUGAUUAAAAAUAAAAAUCAAAUAAAAAAUAAAAAUCAAAUAAAAAAUAAAAAAAAAUAAAAAUCAAAUUAAAAAAUUAAAAAUGAAAUAUAAGUUUAAUAAGAUAAAAUAAAAUCACCAUGGUGACCAACAGAGUUGACUCCGCCUCUCUUCCUGUUCAGGGUUUUGGCUUCGAGGGCGUCCUCUGUGCCGCCUUCUCUGAAAGCGACAAAUUCGUCUUCACGGGGUCACAGGACAGGACCGUCAAAGUCUGGGACGUCACCUCAGGUCAGUCCAGAUCCGGGUGAAGUCCAGGAUCUGCACCUGCAGAGGGAGGUCCCCCAAACAGAUAUCAGAGGUCUUCAGUGUCUUUAUUCAGACAGACAGAGGGGGGUAUGCAGCCAGACCUGAG